AAUUUAAAUUUCAUUUAAAGUGUUGUUUGCUCUAAACCCACGGUCCAUUUUAGUUUUCAUUUUUAUGGGUUAGUGAGUGCUUCUGAGGCCUAGUCUUCGUCGUCCUACUUAAACCAGUGUGUGAUGGCAUCAAAGUCAACUGCGAGCGGAGAUAUGUCAAAGUUCAAGCAGGCACUGGCCAAGGCCAGCCAAAUUGUUGUGAUAUCAGGCGCAGGGAUUUCGGCUGAAUCAGGGAUACCAACUUUCAGAGGAGCGGGAGGUUUCUGGCGCAAGUAUGAGUCGACCAGGCUUGCAACACCUGAAGCCUUCAGAAAAUCUCCUUCUCUGGUCUGGGAGUUUUACCACUAUAGGAGAGAGCUUGUGCUUACAAAAAAACCUAACCAGGCCCAUUUGUCAAUAGCUGAGUUGGAGAAGCAGCUUGCGCAGGAAGGUAGCAAACGCAAAUUGACGAUCCUGACGCAGAAUGUGGAUGGGCUGCACAAGGCUGCGGGCUCCAGCAAUGUGGUAGAGAUUCACGGCUCUCUGUUCAAGACUAGAUGCACUGUGUGUGCGAAUGUAAAGGACAAUCGUGAUAGUCCCAUCUGUGAGGCUUUGAGGGGCAGAGGUGCCCCAGACUUGGACAAGGAUCUCCCAGAGAUCCCCGUAGACCAGCUUCCUCGCUGUAAACAGUCCAGCUGCAAUGGUCUACUGCGACCUCACAUUGUCUGGUUUGGCGAAAAUCUCCACCAGGACGCACUAGAUGCUGCAGAGUCUGCUAUGGAAGACUGUGACUUGUGUCUGGUGGUAGGCACUUCAUCAGUCGUCACCCCCGCUGCAUGGUGGGCUCCACAGUUGGCUGCUCGUGGCGUUCCUGUCGCAGAGUUCAACAUGGAGAAAACUCCUGUCACUGAUGAAUUUCAGUUUCAUUUCGAGGGUCCUUGCUCCAGAACAAUUCCAGAAGCUCUGGGAACGUAAAAGUAAGAUUAGUGGGACAGUUCAGGUAAUGUGUAUGAUUAUAAAUGGAUUUUAAUGGAUCAUUGAUUUGAUAAAAAAAUAAAUGCUAG